UUUUGCUACCACCAAACGUCGAAACCUCGACACCCACCCCUUCGUGUCUAUAUUUAACUUUAAUAAAGAGAUCGAAACCACGAGGCCCAGUCAAGAUGGUCAAUAUCACGGAAAAGAUUAAGGAGAUCGAGGAGGAGAUGAGGAGGACCCAAAAAAACAAAGCUACCGAAUACCAUCUCGGUCUCCUCAAAGGCAAACUUGCCCGACUACGAGCCCAGCUCCUUGAGCCCGCCCCUGGUGCCGGCGCCAGUGCUGGGACUGGCUUCGACGUGAGCAAGAGCGGCGACGCACGGAUUGCACUCGUAGGCUUCCCAUCCGUCGGCAAGUCGACCUUCUUGUCCAAGAUCACCAAGACGAAGAGCGAAGUAGCUGCCUAUUCUUUCACCACUUUGACAGCCAUUCCCGGCGUGCUCGAGUAUGGCGGUGCCGAGAUCCAGGUUCUCGAUCUUCCCGGAAUCAUCGAGGGCGCCGCCGAGGGCAAGGGGCGAGGUCGGCAGGUUAUUUCCGCGGCGAAGACGAGUGACCUAAUUCUGAUGAUUCUGGAUGCUACGAAGAGAGCCGAGCAGCGGAAGCUAUUGGAAGCGGAACUACACGCCGUUGGCAUCAGGCUGAACUGCGAUCCACCCAACAUCUAUCUCAAAGCAAAGAAAGCCGGGGGUAUGAAAAUCACGUUCUCGGCACCACCAAAGUAUCUCGAUGAGAAAAUGCUCUACAACAUCCUCCGCGACUACAAGAUCCUAAAUUGCGAGGUUCUCGUCCGAGACGAGUACGCAACAGUUGACGAUUUCAUUGAUGUCAUCAUGAAAGAUCACAGAACCUAUAUCAAAUGUCUCUACGUCUACAACAAAAUCGACAGCGUCUCGCUCGACUUCCUCGACAAACUGGCGCGCGAAGACCACACAGUCGUCAUGAGCUGCGAGCUAGACCUCGGCAUUCAAGACGUCGUCGAACGAUGCUGGGAGGAGCUGCGGCUCAUCAGGAUCUACACCAAGCGAAAAGGAAUCGACCCCGACUUCUCCGAAGCCCUCAUCGUCCGCUACAACGCCACCAUCGAAGACGUAUGCGACCAGAUCCACCGUACGAUCAAAGACACCUUCAAGCAUGCACUCGUCUGGGGCGCCAGCGCUCGCCACGUGCCGCAGCGUGUUGGACUGGGUCACGUGGUUGCGGACGAGGAUGUGGUGAGUAUCGUGACGAGGUACAUGGCAUAAGAAACAUGUAGAACGAACCCAAGAUACCAAAACAUUCCUUCAUUACCUAAAACCUCAAUCAAUGCGUCCAUUCCCU